GCCAUUUAUAUUCAGUAUAUAUACCAUAGACCUGGGGUGAACAGUACUCAUAUGUACCUACCUAGGUACAUAUGUAGGUACUUUGGUGUGAUAUUGUAUCUCUUAGGCAACCAAUACUCUUGUUGUCUUUGCGUAUUUUUGCUCUGUAGUAUGCUCAGUUGGCAUACUGUAUGAACAUAGGCAGGCUUCUUGUGGCAUAUCUUGUGAGACAAAACUUGCUGCUGUUUUACCUAGGUAAUUAAGCAAGCCCGGAUUUGCUACAGCCAGCCAUCAAAGUACAGAGAAGCUCUCACAUGCGCAAAUUUUACCCUUUGUAUUGGCAGCAACCCGAUUGGAAACAUCAUCGCAUCGAAGCACAGAUUCAGGAACAUUUCGACAUCCAUAUUUCCUUUUCCUUAAGACAAUCGCGCCAAACCCUGGACCCAGGCAUCAUGUUAAUUGCUCCGAACGCCGUCAUCGCCAUCCUGGUUGUGUUCAUUUUCAUUGGCGUUGGUCUUCUGGUCUGGAAAGGCAAGCAGCUAGUUGAGCUCUUCGCCCACGCGAUGUUCACAGCGAGACAGGCGCAGUGGGAACAGCAUCAGGAACAGGAACGAGAACAGUCACCACGGCGUCGUCGGCGCUCUUCAGAGAGCGUUGAAGCUAAUGUCUAAGACAAGCAAAUCAAAUAAAAUCCACUGAUUACACUCAGCUGGACAAAAGGGAUCCAACGGGUCCCGAGUUCAACGCGUUGUAUAAGAAAGAGAAACAAGGAUUACUUAAAAUAAGACCAAC